UGUUUGGCCCUCAGGGUGAUCCGUAGCGGAGCUAUUCUUCAGCUAUGGCUUCUUCAGAAGCGCAGCCCCGCUUCGGUCAGUCAGUUAAAGGCCUGCUGUCGGAGAAGGUGGGCUCCUGCAGCGGGGACGUGAUCGCUCUGACCCGGCAGGUGUUAAAGGGAUCUCGCAGCCAAGAGCUGCUGGGGCAGGCGGCUAGAAACAUGGUCAUUCAAGAGGAUGCCAUCCUGCACUCUGAAGAUAGUCUGAGGAAAAUGUCCAUAAUCACCACUCAUUUACAGUAUCAGCAAGAAGCCAUCCAAAAGAAUGUGGAACAUUCCAAAAACCUUCAGGAACAACUAAGACAUUUACUCAAAUAAUGCUCAGCCAUUUCUAUGGAUCUUGGUUUGUUUCUUUUUUUCAGUGAAGAUCACAUCAUCAGGCGUGCAUGUCUCAUUUAUUUGCAUUGUUUUACUUCUCAAACAGGCAUUCGGCUUUGCAUAUCAUGAGGCCUCACUGUACGAGAUCACUUUAGGUUUCUUUGUUUGUUUGUUUUAUUUUACACUAACAAUUAGAUUUUAUUGGAGCAUGCUGCUUUAUGAAAAACUGGACAGUGUAAGAUAACACUGCUUUAACAUUUAAAUGUCUAUGUAAAUAACAAUUGAAAUGUAUGUACAUGUUAAUUUAUGUUCCUUUUCUACUUAAAACGAAUAAAUGAAUGAAUUUUUAUACA